AUGGAAGAGGCAUCCACCUCUCAUCCAGAGGCAGCACCAGGUGUGCAGAUUACCAUUCAGUGCCGAGCUCACAUGGAUAGCGUGCUCUCCUGCUUAGCAGAACAGAGGAAAAAGAACUUCCUAUGUGACAUAACAGUGAUAGUGGAAGGUGUGCAGUUUCGAGCACACAAGGCUUUACUGGCAGCUAGCAGCGAAUAUUUCUCCAUCAUGUUUGCUGAUGAAGGAGAUGUUGGACAGUCUGUUUAUGUCAUGGAAGGAGUGGUUGCUGAGAUCUUUGAAAUGUUGCUUCAAUUUAUCUACACUGGAAAUGUGAAUGCAAGUGAAAAGUGCCUACAGCAAGUAGUGGCCUCUGCCCAUGUAUUAAAAGUCGACAGUCUGGUAAAAGCCUAUACUGAUUAUCAGGAAGGCAAAAACCAAGACAACCUGCAUCCUGAUGAGUCUGACAACGCCAUAGCAGAGAGCGAUAUACCAAAGCGGAAACGAGGAAGACCUAAGAAACCACCUGCAGAAGGGAAAACCAAUGAAGAUGGUAAUCUUGUUGUACAACCUGAGACAGAAGGAGAUAUCACAGAAAACGGCAAUGAAAAGAGUGUUCUUGUUGAAUCUGUGUUAAACGAAGAAGAAGUCGUUACUGAUUAUGCAGCAGAGGUUACAUGUGACCUGAACCCCAGGAUCGUGGAAGGACAAGGCUUUUUCAAGAGACAUAGUAAACGCAAAGCCCAGAGGCCUGUUAAGCUGCAAGACUACAGACUUACAGAGGAAAAUGAUGAGCAUGAAGCAGGAAAGCAGAACAUAAAGAAGAAGAAACAGUCCAGCUCUGAAUAUCAAUGUAAAGAUUGUGGCAAAGUGUUUAAAUACAGGCACUUCUUAGCAAUUCAUCGCAGAACACAUACAGGUGAGCGCCCUUUUAGGUGUGCUGAGUGUGGAAAGGGAUUUUCUCAGAAACACUCGUUACAGGCCCAUGAACGCGCACACACUGGGGAGAGACCCUAUAACUGUACUGUGUGCAAUAAAUCUCUAGCAACAAGGAACUCACUGAUGGAGCACAUGAAUUUACAUGAAGGGAAAAAAUCCUUUACAUGUGACCAAUGUGGGAAAAUCUUCAGUCAAAGAAAACAGCUAAAGAGUCAUUAUCGAGUACACUCUGGCCGCGGGUUACCAGAGUGCAAUGUCUGCCAAAGAAAAUUCAUGGAUGCUGCACAGUUAAAAAAGCAUCUAAGAUCUCAUACAGGUGAGAGGCCGUACACAUGUGAGAUCUGUGGAAAAUCUUUCACUGCUAAAACCUCCUUGCAGACACAUAUUCGAAUACACAGGGGGGAAAAGCCUCACUGUUGCAACAUUUGUGGAAAAGCAUUUACAGACGCCAGUGCCAGGAGAAGACACAGCGUUUUGCACACAGGAAAAAAGCCAUUCUCUUGUCCACAGUGUGAUUUGCAGUUUUCCCGCAUGGACAAUCUGAAGACACACAUUAAAACUCACAAUAAAGUAAAGCAGACACAGGACACUACAAGCACUGGAAGUACUGAUGAAACAAGGACCAUCCUUCAGCUGCAGCAAUACCAGCUAGCAGCUUCUAAUGGCCAGGAAAUCCAAUUAUUGGUGACAGAUAGUGUCCACAACCUGAACUUCAUGUCAAGUCAUGGCCCAGGUCUAAGUAUUGUGACUACAGAUGAACCUCAUAGUAUUACAGAUCAAACUAACCUUGCCCUGAUAACACAUCAGCCGCCACCAUUGCAUGGUUUGUCAGUCUCCCAGCAGCAGCAACAAGUGCAAUCUAUCCAGAACAUCGAGUUGAUGGAGAGCAGGGUACAAACUGUGCUGCAGGAACCAAUGCAUGUCAUCACUCUGUCAAAGGAAACACUGGACCAACUGCAAGGACGAACACAUGAAAUUCACUUGACACAAACAGACCGGCAAACCGCGCUAACUCAUGUGCAAGCACAUCCAUCUCAGAGUAUUUUGAGCCAAAAUGUCAGAGUCUCUGACCACCUUCAACAAACUAUAAAUGUAAACCCUGUUCCACAACCUGUGCCAGGUCCCCAGAUCCCUACACAAACGUUUCAGAUACAAGCUGAUGCUGUCUCUUUUAUAAACACAACCCUGGACACUACAAAUUCAACACCUGUAUGA